GUCAAAAUCGUGCACUUCCAGGCUCGUAUCGAAGAGCUGGAGGAGGAAAUUGAAGCUGAACGUGCUGCUAGGGCCAAGGUGGAGAAACAGAGGGCUGAUCUCUCCAGGGAGCUUGAAGAGAUCAGUGAGAGACUUGAAGAGGCUGGUGGGGCAACUGCUGCUCAGAUUGAGAUGAACAAGAAACGAGAAGCUGAGUUCCAGAAGCUUCGCCGUGAUCUUGAGGAGGCCACCCUACAGCACGAGGCCACUGCUGCCGCUCUUCGCAAGAAGCAGGCCGAUAGCGUGGCAGAGCUGGGAGAACAAAUCGACAACCUUCAGCGUGUCAAGCAGAAACUGGAGAAGGAGAAGAGUGAAUACAAAAUGGAAAUCGACGAUCUAUCCAGCAACAUGGAGGCUGUUGCCAAAUCAAAGGCUAAUUUGGAGAAAAUGUGCCGGACCCUUGAAGAUCAGAUGAGUGAACUCAAGAGCAAGAAUGACGAAAAUGUUCGUCAGCUGAAUGACAUUAGUGCACAAAAAGCCAGACUUCAGACAGAGAACUGGUAA